GCUGCGCGGCCCAGGGCCGCCGCCGCCACCGCCCCGCUCCUCCGCGCUCCGCUCCGCCUGCCCCUGCCCCUGCCCCUGCCCCGGCCGCCGCCGCCGCCGCCGCCGCCGCCGCCGCCGCCGCCGCCGCCGCCGCCGCCGGGACUCCGCUGCUCUCGGGCUGCCGCCGCCGCGGCUCCGAGCCGCUGCCCGCCCGCCCGCUGCCUGCUUGCUGCCGGGCCCAUGGCGAGCACAUCGGCGGAGAUCAUCGCCUUCCUGCUGACCAUCUCGGGCUGGGUGCUGGUCUCCUCCACGUUGCCCACCGACUACUGGAAGGUGUCCACCAUCGACGGCACGGUCAUCACCACCGCCACCUUCUGGGCCAACCUCUGGAAGACCUGUGUGACCGACUCCACCGGCGUCUCCAACUGCAAGGACUUCCCAUCCAUGCUGGCGCUGGACGGUUACAUCCAAGCCUGCAGAGGACUGAUGAUCUCUGCUGUCUGCCUGGGCUUCUUCGGUGCCAUUUUUGGACUGGUUGGGAUGAAGUGUACAAAAGUCGGAGGCUCCGAUCAGACUAAAGCAAAAAUAGCUUGUUUAGCUGGACUGAUUUUCAUACUUUCUGGGUUGUGCUCUAUGACUAGUUGUUCCCUGUAUGCAAACAGGAUUACGUCUGAGUUCUUUGAUCCUUCUUUUGUUGCACAAAAGUAUGAAUUAGGAGCAGCUUUGUUCAUCGGAUGGGCUGGAGCUUCACUCUGCAUAAUUGGUGGCAGUAUAUUCUGCUUCUCAAUAGCUGAAAACAGCAAUUCUCCAAGGAGGGGGUAUGCAUAUAACGGAGCCACAUCUGUGAUGUCUGCUCGCUCAAAGGUCCAGAACAGCAUCCCAGACAAAACCACACCAAAGCACUUUGACAAGAACGCUUAUGUUUAACUGUACUGUGCAAAGAUUCAGAGCGUUUUACAGAUGAGUUUGUACGUUUCAUUCAGAGUGAUUUCCCCCACCUGCUAUCCAAUGUACUUCUCACUAAGACAAUGACUUUUUAAAACAUUAACUUGCAGCUUUUUACAUAUUGAUGUAAAUUUUAUUACAUAAUAUUUUAUGAUUGAUGUUGGUAUUGUAAAGUUUAUACCUGGAAAUCAUGAGCUGAUGUUGCAUUCUUGAUAAAAAUAAAUGAGGUAUUUACCAAU